CCUGGUGCAGUUUGAAGGCACAGCCAUCAAGAUUUGCAGAUGGUUUAGUGAGGAAUAAAAGGAGAGAAGUUAAGGAUGCCAGGAAGGGGCUGACCCGAGCCACUAGAGGCUGAAGUUGCUGUUUACCAAGCCGGGGUGGUGGUCGGGGGGGACAGCACAGGUCUCGGGGAGGUGAAAAGGAAGCGUUGAGGGGUCCGUUAGACAUCCACGCGGAGGUGCCAUAUGAGUAGCAGGGUGGAUAUAGAAGUCCCAAGCCAGGGAACUCUCCAGGCUAGAGAUGCAAAUCUGGGAGUCAUUGUGUAUAGGGUUACAAAAGCGUUGAGCCCAGAUAAGACCAUCAGGGGUGUGAGUGUAGACAGAGGAGAGAAGAGGUCCUGAGAUGGAGCCCCAUGGCCUUUAGUGGUGGGCAGCAGAGGGCAGAAGCAGGGACCAGCCACAUAGACCCAGCAGGAAGUUGAGGUGAGGAGGUGGAAGCCGGUAGAGCUGUCCUAGAGGCCCAGAGAUUGUGUUCACUGGGUUGGAUGCUGCUGAUGCAUCAAUAAGACAAGAGCUCAGACAUCACCCCCGUAUUGAACAACAGGAUGCAGGUGGCAGUUCAGAGGCUGGGGAGCCUGAGGGGGCUUCUGAGUGUUGCGGGACCCUCCCUCCCUUGAACAGGAUGUAUCUGUACCUUGCGUGUGGGAGGUGGAAGGUGGGGUGCUCCAGCAACAGCGCAGAGGAUGAAAGGUCAGUCUGGGGGUAUCCGGGUAGACCCCAGGCCUUGUCCCCCACCACCUCACCCAGACCCCUGGAGGAUCAGGUGCCCUGCAGGGGCCCUUGGUCCCACUGUCUCCCUAGCCCCUGUUCUCCUCUCAGCAGAUGCGCCCACCUCCCCUAAGAAGCCAAAGAGCAUUGCUGAGCCACAGCCCAGUGACAUGGCCAGUGAAGCCACCUCGCCCCUGCCCUCCGAAUGGACCUCGGUGAGGUUCAGCCCUGGGGAGGACACCGUCGGGCAGGACGUACUGGCUGUGUGCAUCUUGGUCGACUGCGAGAACAGCAGCUCCGACACAGAGUCUGACUAUGGUGACAGUGAGGGCCCCAGCACCAAGCCCUGUGAAGAGAGACCCCAGCAGCCAGAGUCGCUGCCUCUACCUAAGCCCCUCUUCCGGCACAACUCCCUGAGGGAGCCUCUGACCAGGGCAGCCUCUCCACAGGGCCCUGAGGAGCCACACGCUGGGCAUGCUUUGCAACGGGCCAACAGCUUCCAGGAUCCAGCUCCAAGCAAGCACCAGAACUGGAGAAAAUUCCCCUCAAAUCUAAUACCAGCGAACAAAAGAACUUUGUCACCUUCAAAGAAACUUUCUCCUCUUCCUCUGUCUUCAUCGUCUUCUCCUUCAUCUUCAUCUUCAGCCAGUGUCCCUGGGCAUCCUCUGGACCAUUCUGCUCCACCUCAGGUCUCCAGCGAUCACUGCUGUCCUUCUGCCCCAAUCUUUCUCAGGAGAGCUAGAACCCAAGGGGCAUCCAAGGAGAUGUCCCUGUACCUACCUCACAGCGAGGUGCUGGAGCGGGCAGAGUACUGCCUGGUGAGCCCUGGUGGAGACAGCCUCAAAAGCCCCGUGGAGAUGGCUUCCAGGGGGUGCCAGGAAACAGGGGCUCCUCCUGAGGGUACCAGACGCCCCCACAGAGACCCUCUCCUCACUGAGGGGAAGGACAGGUCCUUGCCAAACCAAGAGCAGUGUCUCAGGGCAGAAGAGGACCCAGGAGAAGGCAGCAUUGGACCCAAGAGGGGACAGGAGGGCAGGUCAGAGUUGGCCGAGAGGACGUCAGGCCUGAAGAAGUUAGUUCUCACCCAGGAGCAGAAGAACAUGUUGCUGGACUGGAAUGACUCCUGCCUCCACAGCGCACCCCUCCAGCUAGGGGAGCGACUUUCCCGGGAGAGUGCUAGGAACGGCAGAGCAGGCCCUGUGCUGAGCGCAGUCCACCCCUUGAGCCUCGCUCGGGGAGGGAAAGAGACACUGGCCGCCCAGACAGAGGCCCCUGAGGGGGCUGUGCAGGCGCUGGAGCAGCGGAGUGUGCCCCCGCCCAAGUCACCCCUGAGGCUCAUUACAGAUGCCAUCCGGAAGUCCAUGGAGCAGCUCUUCCACACCUCUGACGGCGGUGGGAAGAAGGUCUGGGCCAAGCCAGAGCCGGAAACUUGGCCCCCGGGCCAGCAUGCGCUCCCCUCAACCAGCUCCUUCAGCCUCUGGAAAAGCGGCUCUAGCAAAAACGGGAGCCAGCAGUCCCCUGGGAGACACGCGGCCAGCAGGUCCUCCACCUUCUUCUCGCUGGGCUCUCCAGCUCGCCGGGCCGCCCAGUCCUCAGACCUUUGCCGCUCUGAUCCUGACCAUCGUUUGCCCAAUCAGCCACCGACAAUGUUCUCUACGUUCACAUCGCCACCCUGCAGCAACACUGACGAUGUCCCCGCACUCCUGGAAAAAGUGAGUUUGCAAGAGGCCUUGGCAAACCCUUCCAGGGCUCCCAAGAGAAGAACCUCUUUAUUUUCCUCCUUCAGAACCAAAGACAAAUCUUUUGAGAGUUUCCUCCAAGAAUCCAAACAAAGAAAGGACAUCAGGGACCUCUUCAGCAGCUCCAAGGGAAGGAUGCUGUCUGGGAACAGCUGCUCAUCCCGGGAGAAGCUGCGGCCGCCUUUCAGAAGCACCUCCCUGCGGUGGACUUCCGGUCACCCUCCUCCAGCGGGACAUGCAGGCUCCAGGCACCACCGUGUUGGAGUGCAGGUGACAGAGGCUACCUCUUCUCUCUCUUCUAUCACCUCCUCGUCUGCAGAUGAAGAAUUUGAUCCCCAGCUUUCCCCGGGGUCACAGGAGAAGGAGACACUCAAAAGAAGAAGAAAGCUGGAAAAAGCAACAAAGCAGUUGGUUAAGCAAGAAGAGUUGAAAAGACUUCAUAAAGCUCAGGCCAUCCAGAGGCAGCUGGAGGAGGUGGAGGAGCGGCAGAGGGCAUCAGAGAUCCAGGGUGUGAGGCUGGAGAAGGCCUUGAGAGGAGAAGCAGCAGAUUCAGGGACACAGGAUGAAGCCCAGCUUUUGCAGGAAUGGUUUAAGCUAGUCCUGGAGAAGAAUAAAUUAAUGCGAUAUGAGUCGGAGCUACUGAUCAUGGCCCAAGAACUAGAAUUAGAAGAUCAUCAAAGCAGACUGGAGCAGAAAUUAAGAGAGAAAAUGCUCAAGGAAGAGAGUCAGAAAGAUGAGAAUGAUCUUAAUGAGGAGCAAGAAAUAUUCACCAAAAUGAUGCAAGUGAUUAAACAAAGGGACGAACUCGUGGAUUCCUUAGAGGAACAGCGCAUCAAGGAAAAGGCUGAGGACCAGCACUUCGAAAGCUUUGUGUUCUCCAGGGGCUGUCAGCUGAGCAGGACGUGAGGAGCCCCUGUCCCUCCCCGAGGCCAGCCCCACGCGCCACACUGUCUCCUUCUGGAACGGAAGUUAUACCCUCCUGUGUGGUGGCGAUUUUUAUUUUUAAUUAAAAUUCUCAUAUGUGCUACAGCUUCCCAAGAUUUUUCCAGAGAUUAUAAUGAAAAAACCCCACAAAGACUGUUUUGGAACUGGCAGUCAAUGACAGCCAGGCUCUGGGGUUGGAGGUGUUCUUGGCAGAUGACCAGCAUUGUUUUCUCUAAAAAGUGACACAAAGACUUGCCUUUCCCACUGCUUUAAUCAUUUUCCUUCCCGAUCCAUUAAGUUACAUGUUUUAAGUCUUUUAAGAAGCUGCCUUUUCAUUAAUACAUCCAUAUUUGCCCCCACCCCGCCGCCUUUUUUGCAUGGAUGACCGGUUUCCAAAUGUCAGAAAGCUGCAGCAGCAGUUCAAAGAUUAGGUUAAUAUUUAAAUUGUGUUUCCAGAGAAAGAGGAGAAAUCUCGAGAUUACUGAUUACAUAAAGCAAAUAACUCAUAUAGCAGGUGUUAAUUCAAUCCAGGGUGAAUUUAAUUUACCAGGUGUAUUUAUAAGCCUUAAUAUAAUAUACAUAAGCAAUGAGAGUUUAUAGAACAUUUGAGCCUUAGUUUUAUUUUUUUUAAAAGGAAAAAGAAAUAAAGCUUUAACUUCAUGCCUGCAGAAUUGCUAGUUUUCACCAAAUCCUGUUGGCUUAGGAAAGCUUUUUGUUCCCACAGUGCUCUGCUCAUGGCCCCUGGAGCAUAAUGAUAAGCAUUUUUAGAAAAUGAAUGAUUUUGAAGGGCUUUUAAAAAUAAGUGUUGAUGAUGGCAAAAAGAAAAACUCCUUCACUUGUUGAGAAAACAUUGCUGAGGUUGGUGCUGCUUCAGGAAAACGAACAAGCCAAGGGGCCCAGGAGAGGGAGGCCUCUUGGUGCUGAGUCUUAGGGUUGAGUAGAGGCAUAUUAUGACCCGCUCCGGGGACACCCCAGGAGCUCUGCGGCAUGAGGAUAAAACCGCUUCUGACUUCCAGGUAGAGCUGAGGGGAGCGGCUCCACGUAUGCAAUCCCAACUUGGGCCAUGGAUUUGUUUUUAUGACAUUUUCAAUAUGCACAGACAGCUGGUGGGUGGAGUUUGUGCGCUGACACACUGGGCUUCCCGGGGUGUUUUGACAGUGCAGAUGGGGACCAAAGAAGGGAAGAUUUGAAGUGGUGAUGUGUUGUCAUAAAAUAUUUGAUUGUUCUCCCUCGGAGGGAUGCUUUGAAGAUUUAGUCUGUUAUGGACCAGAGAGAGACAAAAGAACUUUUUGUUGCACAUUUGGCCACUCGUUUCUGCGAGUGUUUAAAUGUGUCAUUAGGACAAUAGGUGCUUGGCAACAGUUGGCUCUGACUGGGAACCAAAUUUCUCUCAAGAUAAACUGACCCAGGAACCACUUCUGAGACAGUCUGUGCACAUCUGGCCAGCUGACAAGCCAGAGAGAUGUAUACAGACUUCCCCUGAGUCAGCCAGGGUUUUGGGUGGCAUUGAAACAGCCUUUCCAUGGAUACUAAGUUCAGGGGCAGUCGUUUUUUUUUUUCCUUUGUCUUUUCUUCUUCUUUCUUUUCUAAAAAUCCAGUCUUCUAGUGCCUUUAAGUCUAUCAUUAGGGAAUUCUAUUGCUGGGAAAUAUGCAGAGGCAUCUAUCUACCUACCUACCUAGAAAAGUUAUACCACUUCCAUUUAUCUUUUUAUUUAUUUGUAUGUUUAGUAGCAAUUGAUAACAAUUUCCUGUUAAUUCUGGCUUUCCUGUGUUAUAAUCUGGAAAAGACCUAUUGGGACUAAGAUGUUGGAAUAUAAGCUACUUAAUAUAGAUGUUUGGUUUGUUUGUUUGUUUUUUUGGUGCCAAUGAUUGAACUCAGGACCUUGGGCUUGUGAGGCAGCCACAGCUCCAAUGAGCUAAAUCCCCAGCCCCCUUAAUACAGAUGUUUGGAACAGUAAGUUGUAUAGUAUUAAAGAUUUGCGGAGAUGGUCAGAAUAAUAUUUUCAGCCAUCAGGACUUUAAAGGUAAGAAUAUGGAUGCACAGGAAUGUUAACUCAUUUUAAGAAAGUGAUAUAUAACUUCAGUUUUUAUUCUAAAGCCUGCAGAAGUACUCAAAUCCAGUCUUUUUAGCCAGUUAAGUAUAAGUACACUCUCUGAUGCUUGCAUACAUAUAACAGAGGAUGCUCAAAUGGGUAGUGUCUGGAUUGUUAUUGUGCAGGAGAAUUAAUUACCACUUAUUUUAAUCUGUCAUAUUUUCAGCUAAAAGAAAGAUUCUCUCUCCCAGAAGGACCAAGAAAACAGGAUUCUUAGCCCUAUGUUCUGUUAAUACACGAGAGAUACAAUUUGUUUACUUUCUCCCACAGAGUACAUUCCGUGGUUAAGGCUUAACCUUAUCUAGCUAAGUAUAAAACAUAAACCUCAUCC